AUGGGGAGAGGAGCAGAGAGGGGAAUUGGGUGUGAUACCAAAAUCAGGCAGAAUACACUUUCCAUCACUAUGAGAAGCAUUAGGAUGGAGGAAUUCUUUACCUCCACAGGACACACAGAAGGAUCUCUUCUUGUCCUGUGUGUGAUAGAACUUCACAGCAGGUUUUUUAUCCAUCAUAAUCACAUAGAGUCAUUAACGUGUCUUUCUUAUCUAAGACAUAAACAUCACUUUCCUAGGACUAAUUUCCAUGCAUUCACCUCCUUCUCCAAGUCCUUUCCUGGUCCUGGAGGAUCAUUCAGAGGGGUCUCUGGUGGUCGCAUUCACUGAGUGCUGUGAUAUUAAAGGUGAUCUUGCCUUGAACCGUUUUACCCCAUUGGCUGUUCGGUUUUCCCCCACUCCGUAUUUAAUUUGUUUGCGUGGUUCGUUUCGUGCUUUCUUCUGGCUGGCUCCAGCACGAUCCGCCCUGCCUGCGCCUUUCCGGUAAACACCGGCGCGGCACGCCUGGUCCCCUUCGAGUUACUGUAUUCCCCGUUGGAUUACAAUAAACGGAAUUCGCCCCCAGAGAAAGACUCUCUUCGUAAUUCGCCGUGGGGUCGCUGGCUGCUCUCUGGAACUCCGAUAGCGCUUCCCAAAGCCCGCGAGGGUCCAGCGGGAAGCGCUAGAAACUUGCCCACCCCUCUCCCCAGAGCUGGCCGGGGCUGAGGAAGGGCAUCGGGGAGAGGAGCACCGGCACAUUUGUAGCAAAAAAAAAAAAAAAUUCCACCCAGGAUAAAUAUCUGACUGCGCCAUGACUGCACCGAGUCAUGGGGGGCAACAACAGGAUUGGGCACAGACAGCAGGUGGUGGGACAGGACUGGGGAGCUCCUGGUGAUCUGGGCACUUUCUCCUUAAUGUCACUGACCUGGCAGGAGCCGCUUUAGGACAUGGAUCCCAAAGGAGCAAGAGGUUCCAGGAAGCGCCGCUGAUCUGCACAGUCCCCUUUGCCUGCUGCUGCCCCACAGGGAACAGGGAGCUGCUGAGGAGCCUCAUAGUCCAUCCCUGGAUUCUCCAAGCACUGACUCCCAAUUUACUCUGACCACAGCCAGGGCCACAUCCCACCACCUGCCCAGCGUCCAUCCAUGGAGGAGCCGCUUUAGGACGUGGAUCCCAAAGGAGCAAGAGGUUCCAGGAAGCGCCGCUGAUCUGCACAGACCCCUUUGCCUGCUGCUGCCCCACAGGGAACAGGGAGCUGCUGAGGUGCUGCAUGGUUUGUUCCUGGAUUUUCCAACCACUGACUCCCAAUUUACUCUGACCACAGCCAGGGCCACAUCCCACCACCUGCCCAGCAUCCAUCCAUGGAGGUGACCACCAUGUCCCCAUCUCCUGCCUCACCCACUGAGGGAGAUGAUGUCUGUGAGACAGAUGUCACCAGCAUGGCCAUUAACAGUGUGACACUGCUCAUCUGCCUCUGUGGGCUGGCUGGGAACGGGGCUGUGCUCUGCCUUCUCCAAAGGAACACCACCACCUUUUACAUCACCAACCUGGCUUUCGCCAACUUCUCCUUCCUCCACUUUGCGGUCCACUCCACCCUGCUCGACCUGCUGGAUGAAUUGUCCUGCUCCACAGUCGUUCCCCUGGUGUUCCUGAGGGCACUUUUCCUGCUCCUGCUGUUCUCCUACAACAUGGGGCUGUACCUGCUGACAGCCAUCAGCAUCGACGAGUGCACAUCCACCCUCUACCCACUCUGGUACCGCUGCCGCCGUCCCCAGCGCCUGUCAUGGGUGGUAUGUGCCCUGCUCUGGGCCCUCUCAUUUGCUGUCAUUGUCACAGUGACUUCCCUGUGCCUGUCACAGGAGCACGAGCACUGCCAGGUAUCUCUCAUCACCAUGUAUGCCCUCAACCUCUUCCUCUUUGCUCCAGCCAUGGUCAUUUCCAGCACAGUCCUCCUCAUUAAGGUCAAGUGUGGCUCCCAGCAGCAGCAACCCAAGAGACUCAACAUUGUUAUUUUCCUUGUUGUGCUCUUCUUCCUCCUCUUUGCUCUCCCCCUCAGCCUCUGCAAUUUCCUGCAGCAGCUCGGUUACAUCACUGUGUCCUCCCAGGUUGUUAUCCUGCUCGCCUGCAUCCACAGCACCAUCAACCCCUUCAUCUACUUCUUGGUGGGGAGGUGCUGGAGGCCCUGCUCUGUGGGGUCCCUCCGGCUCUCCCUCAGGAGGGUGUUUGAGGAGCCAGAAGAAAACACUGCCCACAGUGAUGAUCCUGCAAUGGAUACAGCCUUCCCAGCCUGAUGAUCCCUUCCACUGCUCUGCUGAAGGACCUUAGUGCAGAGUCACCUGAUUAAUAAAUACCCUCAGUAUCA